AUGAAUGUAAACGAUGUGACCAAGCCUUCAGUCGUCCCAGUUCCCUUCACCUCCACGAAAGAAUUCAUACUGGAGAAAAACCCUAUGAAUGCUCCCACGGAAACUUCAGGGGAUGAGCAUGGGUCCUCCUGGCUGACACAGCCUAGUGGGCACUCGGCUCCCACGGAAACUUCAGGGGAUGAGCAUGGGUCCUCCUGGCUGACACAGCCUAGUGGGCACUCGGUAUGUGGGGCCUGUGUAGGAGGCCUGGGCAUGAUGGUCAGGUCGUGCGUCCCUGGGUUCCAGGCCUUGGUGGUCCCUUGGGAGCUGAGCAUCCUCGAGGCAGAAGGAGGGCCCGCGGUCCACUCUCUGAACAGCUCACUGGGUGACUCUGACAGCUUCCUCCCCAAAGCUUGGGUCCUCAUCUGUGGGAAUGGGGUGUCCAAGGCCCCCUGCAGGCAGGAACCCACCCCCAGCUCCUCUGGUGGGCCCUCCUGGGCUUUCUUACCUACUGGCUUGCAACAAGACCCGCAGAGGAAGGCUCUCGUCCAGACCUUUUCUGGGAAACCUCCGGAGAAGCCGUUGCCAAAUCGAAAAGAAUCCAUGGAAUCUUGGAUUUAUCUGAGGGCUGCAACCAGGCCAAUGCCCUUCCACACAAUCAAUAAGAGGCCACGUGUGAACCCUGCCCUCACUGAUGGCUCAGCUACCAAAAUGUCUGACACGGUAUCCAUCUUGGCUUCACUGUCUCCCCUCAGAAAAGCCAGUCCGAGCUCCUCGUCAAGCCUCCGACCAAAGGAACGACAGACAGGGACUGUGGCCGACAUCCCUCAGCCUGGAGUCAGGCAGCAGGGCCCCGAGCCUCUCGUCGUGGUGAAGCCCACACACAGCAGCCCUCAGGGUGGCCGUUGAGAAGUUCCCCAGGCUGCCACCAAGCCCCACGGCCUGAUCCGGGUCAUCAGCCCCCAAGCACAAGACAAACGUCCUGCGGUGACCUCACAGCCCUGCCCACCAGCCGACACACACAGCUUGGGCCUCGGCUCCAAUCUCAGUUUCAGGCCAGGAGCCAAGAGACCUGCCCAGGCUCUGACUCAGGCUUGCCUGAACUUCCCCAAGAAACCGAGAAUGGGUCCCUUCCAGAUGCCCAAAAAUGCCAUCCAGGGAGGUGAGCUGGGGGCCCCGGAGACUCUCCAACCUCCGCCAGCUGCCAUAGAACUAAGUCCGUCGCCCCAGAUGAGCAGGAGGACAUCCGCACAGGUGCCCAGCAGCGACCGGCAGCCUCCGCACAACAGACCUUGACUGUCUACUGCCCAGGCCUGCACCAUGUCCCAUCACCCAGCGGCCAGCCACGAUGGGGCCCAGCCUCUCAGAAUGCUCUUCCGGAGACUGGAAAACGGAUGGUGGAGCUCCAGCCUCCUGACAGCUCCUUGUUUCCCUUCUCCUGAGAAGCCGGGAGCCUUCCUCACUCACAGCCCUCACGUCUCAGAGAAGUCUGAGGCUCCCUGUGUUCCUGUCCCCCUGAGUGUCCUCUAUGAGGACCUUCACGUUUCCUUCUCUGCAGGGGACAGCGAUUGUGACCUGGAGUGA